UCUCUAGUAGGAGAAAAAACUAAAAAGAUAGUAAGUUUCUCUUCAAAGAGUAAAAAAUGCAGAAUCUGCUCAGCUGCAACAGCUAAAGGAGUUCCACCCAGAAAACACAACUGCCGAAAGAAUUGGCAGGGAUCGGCAAAAGCAAUGGAGCCGGCCAUGGCCUGUGAAAUGCUGAGUGCAAUCAAAGAUGAAGGGUGCAAGAUAGGAACUUUAGUCAUGGACAAUGACUCAACAACCAUUGCUCACGUAAAAGCCACUGUGGACCCAACCAUUAAUAAAAGAGCUGACAAAAACCAUACAAGAAAAGGUUUUACUGGAGCUUUGAUUGAGCUUGCCAACACCCAUAAAGUUUUGAAAAAUCAAAAACUUAGAAGUCACAUUGAAAGAUGUUUUACGUAUUGUGUACAGCAAAACAGGGGCAAGGCUAAAGAUCUUGAAAAUGAACUUGGCAAAAUUGUUCCACAUUUAUAUGGUGAACACGAAUGCUGUGGAACUUGGUGUCGCAGUAAAAAGACUGACUAUAAGCCUCGAAAUUUGCCAUAUGGAAAGCCUCUAUCCUGCACCUUACUCCGAGAAGCUUUAGAAGCUUUAUUCAAGAAAUACUGCUGUAAGUCAGAGGAGCUGGCCAUGAUGGGAUCCACCCAAGUCAAUGAGAACUUUAACCAUAUGGUCUCCACUAAAGCCCCAAAAAGAUUGUAA